AUGGAGGGAAGAUGUGCGAUUAGCAGAUGUAGUCAAUUGGAAUUGAAAACGAGGAAGAAUGAAACGACGACGGAGGAGUGUGGGUUCUGGUCGUUGCCAGAUGAUCUGAUUGUAGACUGCCUGGCUAAGUUGUCGAAAUUGGACCUGGUGGCCUUAGCGAUGGCCUCCAAGAGGCACCGGCGUGCCCCAAAGUCCCAUGACCUCAGGUUCUUGAGGUAUCGGAGGGGUUGCGUGCACCCAUAUGUGUACGUAUAUAUGCACAUGUAUCCAGAUCCAAGCCCACGGUGGUUCGUCAUCCACCCCGUGCAACGUCGGCUGAAACGGCUCAAUAUGGACUACUACUUGGAUCCGGCCCCGGUUGAAGGAUCCUGUUUCGUGAGGACGGAUUGGGGGAUCUAUGUAAUCGGUGGGCUCAUCAACGGCAAACCCACAUCGGAAGUCAUGUUUUUUGAUUCUACCGAUCACACAGUGUGCCGCAUUACGCCCAUGAGGAUGGUUCGAAGCGGAGCAUCGGCAAGCUGCUUGAUGGGCGAGUCCAAGAUAUACGUGUUUGGAGGGUGCUCGGACUCUGCUGAUUCCUCAAAUUGGGCAGAGGUGUAUGAUCUCGCAACCAGUACUUGGGAGUUCUUAUCGGUCUCUGCGCCCAAGAUGCCCCUCAAAAUCCAACAAAGUGUGGUGCUGGACGACAAGAAGCAUGUUUACGCGGUGGGUGAGGAUGGUCAAAUCUUUAAUUUCUCAGUAACUGAAUGUAAGUUUGAGGCAGCAGAGGACGGAAGAAGCGAGUCUGACGUAGCAAAUAAAAACGAUUGGCUUAUGACUGAUGAAGCAUUGUUCUGCCGUGGUAUCGGCGGGAGAAUACUUUGGCGUCUUCCAUUUAACUUGGAUUGGAAUGAAGUCAAGGGUUUGGAAGAGCUGCAGCAGCAACAUAUCAUCAAACUCUGCAUCUGCAAUCAUGAGAGGAUGGCCAUCUUCUGGGAAGCCCGGCCUCAAGGUCCUGAUCAGAAGAUUUUGGAGCUUUGGUACGCCGAGAUUUCCUUUCAGCCACGCAUGGAUGGCGGGGUAUGGGAUCUUUGGGGGAACAUUGAGUGGUCCGGUGCUGUCCUCUCCUCCGACAUAUUAGACUCAUCAUCAUCAUCAUCAUCAUCAUCUCGCCCCCUUAACUUGUUGUAUGCUGUUUCUCUUCUUGUCUGA